AAAGUAGCUUAAAUCACGAUAUACAUUAAUGUCCGGCCACCAAGUGGGAUCAUUUGAAACUAUGGUCAUAUUGGUAGAGAAUGUGUAGGUGAGUGAUGAACUUGGUAGACGUAUGGCGAUGGCAUAUAUACUACUACCCAGUGCUUGGAUCGGCACAAUGAGAUCUAGGGUGACGUCGGUUCCUCGAAUACAGACAGAAAUAAGAGGCACUGGGAGAAAAUAAGACCCUAGGCUGGGCGUUGCCCUUACGACCACUGGAAGCCUUGAAGUUGACAGGCUCGUGCCAUAAGAUAUUGAUAUCCGAUGAUGGUGCUCUCGAUUAGCGCAGCGGGCUUGCCGAGUCUCAAGUCACUGCUAGUCAUUUCUGUGGGUUCCCAAUGCACGCCCUCAAAGUUCAGCGUUCGAGGCUUAAUUCAAUGCGGCAUGCGCCGCUUCCCUCAUCCUGCACAAAUCUUCGUUCCAGGAAUCUGUCGCCUCGCGCGCAAUUCGCCAUCUCCUGUCCCAGUUAUUUGGCUGUCAUAUCACAGGAAUGAGAACAAUGUAGUGGUGGGUAAUGCCGCUAUGAUGAAAACACGCACCACGCUAGAUCCAUCGUGCAAUUGAUUGAAUGCUGUCGGGAUGGGAGGUAGGGAAAUAGCUAGCAUUGUUAAUUGUGCAAUGCUGUGGACAGAAACAGAAUAGCAUGUUGAGAACGACGUCGACUACGCACCAUCCA